AGGCGCUCCUCUGCCCGCCGGGGGCCCCCUCCUUGCCGGGAGGGCCGGGGCCACCUGCGCCACGCCCCUGGGCCGCGCCCGAGCCGGGAAGCGGGGAGCGCGCCUCCGCCUGGGGAAGGGCGAGUCCGGUGCCGCCGCGGGCCUGUCCCUGAACCGGAAUCCGCCGCGCUGGGCAUGUGGCUGUGCUGAGAGCCUGAGCCCGCGGACCGAGAGCCCGGCGCCCCCUGAGUUUCUGGCCUGGCUGUGCGAGGAGGUGGACGGGCAGCCGGGCACCAUGACCAACCCCGCGGCCGCGCAGAACAAGGAAAUAGACUGCCUGAGCCCAGAAGCGCAGAGAGUGGCGGAGGCCCGGCUGGCGGCGAAGCGCGCGGCCCGUGCCGAGGCCCGCGAGAUCAGGAUGAAGGAGCUGGAGCGGCAGCAGAAGGAGCCCUCCGAGCACAGCGGCCACCUCAGCUCCAGCUCCCGCGCCUCCUCCAGAGCCAGCUCGGCGCGGGCCAGCCCGGUGGUUGAAGAGAGACCAGACAAAGACUUCGCCGAGAAGGGGUCCCGCACCCUGCCCAGCCUGUCUGCAGCCACCCUGGCCUCGCUGGGUGGCACCUCUGCUCGGAGAGGAAGCGGGGACACCUCCGUCUCCGCGGACACCGAGGCGUCCAUGCGGGAAAUCAAGGGACUCCACGAGCUCCAGGACCAGAUUCAGGACGUGGAGGGCAGAUACAUGCAGGGGCUGAAGGAGCUGAAGGACUCGCUGGCGGAAGUGGAGGAGAAGUACAAGAAGGCCAUGGUCUCCAACGCGCAGCUGGACAACGAGAAGACGAACUACAUGUACCAGGUGGACACGCUGAAGGACGCGCUGCUGGAGCUCGAGGAGCAGCUGGCCGAGUCGCGGCGGCAGUACGAGGAGAAGAACAAGGAGUUCGAGCGGGAGAAGCACGCUCACGGGCUGCUGCGCUUCCAGCUGGCGGAGAUGAAGGCCGCCCUGCAGCAGCGGGAGGAGAUGCUCCAGGAAAUCCGGCAGCUGCAGCAGAAACAGGCGGGCUAUGUCAGGGAGAUCUCUGACCUGCAGGAAACGAUAGAGUGGAAGGACAAAAAGAUAGGGGCCUUAGAGAGGCAGAAGGAGUUCUUUGACUCCGUCAGGAGUGAGCGGGACGACCUCAGAGAAGAAGUGGGCGUGCUGAGAGAGAAGCUGAAGAAACACGGGAUUGUCCUGAGUUCGGAAGUGGCCACCAAUGGGGAGACUUCAGACGCUCCGAUGGGCGCCAGGCCCCGCAGUCCCGCCAGGACGACGACGAAGGAAGAGCCGAACGCCCUCCCGGCGCCUGCGGACGGGCCCCUCGGAAAAGCCACUGAAGUGGAGGUGGAAAGUGAAACUGUGGACCCUGUGGGGAAAAGAGAGAGCUUGCAGAGUACUGAGCGAGAGCAGCGCCAGGAGGACCCCGUAGAGGACGGUGUGGACGCAGAGGUCUUACCUCCUGGCGACAGUGCCGAGGACCACACGCCCCCCGACAGCAGUGCCCUCUCCCUAGCAGCAGCAGCAGAUGCUGCAGAGGGGGGCCAGGUUCAAAGCCCAGUUCUAGCAAACGGGUCCCUCCUUGACCACACAGAGCAGGGUGGGUCCAGAGCGGCCACAAGCACCCCGGAAGCCGGGGCCGGGGCUUCGGGGUGUUGGAGGGAACUGGAUGGUGACACACUGCACCCCGAGGCGGAUGCCUUGGAUGCCCUAAACCAAAGUGGGGAAACCAAAGAAACACAGGAACCAGAAAAGCAAGGUUGCGGAACCAGGUUGGGAGAGGUGAGCCCGGACCCACGCCAGGAACCUGCUCCCUCGCAAAUCCCCGAGGCCGACACGGUGAGCUGCAGCACCCCGGGCUCGGUGCAGGCAGGGCCGACAGGGCUAGGGGGGCCGGAGGACACAGCGGCCUCCAGGCCUCCGAGGGGCAGCGUUGACAGCGUGAGUCAGGAUGACAGUUGUGUGGCCGAUGUCCCCAGAGAGGUGGAUGCCAGCGCAGGGUGUGGUUUGGAGACCGAACUCACCGGCCAGGAAGCAGCAGAGCUCGGGGAGGCCCCGGUGCAGGGCACGGGACUGGGGGGGUGCAGGGAUGAGGAAGAGGCAGAGGGGGCGGGAGUUAAGAGUGAGAAGCCCACCCAGACUGCAGCCCAGACCAGCCCCUCGUCUGCGAGGGCCACGCACCGUGCUCAGGGAGCAGCAGACCCGUGCCCAGCAGACGCCAAGAGCGGACCCCUGGACGCGGAAGAACCCGGCGAGGACAGCAAAGACCCGCAGGGCGAGGGGCUGGAUUCGCCGCAGAAGAAGACAAGGAACAAGAAGAAGAAGAACAAGAAGAAGAAGUCUCCAGCGGCGGCGGCGGAGACCAGCAAGGACGCCGAGAAAGAGUUGCCGCCUCAGAGCCCGGAGCUGAGCGAGGUCAAGGAGGAAGAGCCGGCGAGACCCACUGACGCGAGGCCAGGCGCGGGGACACCGCCUGAGGCCCCUGGCAGUCCCAGACGGAACUCGGUGGCAGGGAGCAGCGAGAACCUGGACGUUCCGGAAAGCGCUAACCUGGAGGUGGAUGGAGGACGGAACCCGGGAGACGGCGGCGAUGCGGCCACGGAGGCGGGGGAAGCGAUCCCCGAGGGAGAACCGGGGCCGCCAGAAGGCGACGCCCUUCAGGGAGCGGGUGCAGGAGGGUCAGAGGGAGGAGGAGGAGGAGGAGGACCGGACGGUGCCCACGGAGACGGCCCCACUCCAUGCCGGCCCCCAGGGGACGAGGACGUGUCCGGCAGCACCCUGCCCGGAGGCCAGCGUCCCUCUGAGGUCGUCGUCAGUGAGAGCCAGGGAGCCAGGGAGGUUUCCGAGAGCCUCGGGCCAGAAAGGGAUGGCCUGGCGCCCGCUGGGGAGUUGGGGGACGCCUGCUCAGACAGCAGGGAGGAGGCGGGGGGCCAGAGCGAGAAGGACAGAAGCAAAGAAGACUGCACCCUGUCGUAGGCGAGGCUCGCUCGUCCGGCGGGGGGAGAGAGGGGGGCAGGGCCACCCACGACAGCACCCCCCCCCUCAGCGGCCCUUGACACGGUCCAGACGCACCAGCACAAUCGACCGCCACGCCUGCUGGGACGUUAAGUUGCAGGCUGUUACUGGCAGAUCCAUAUGUUGUCAAGGCCAGCCCCCAGGCCAGAAGGAGAAACACGUGUGUCCCCGGCGUGCGCUCUAACCGGGAGCAUCCUGGUUCAUCAGACAGUAACGCGCCCUGUCUGCAGCCUGCGCUCCCAGUCCGCACGCCAGGCCCCGUCUGCCUCCGCUGGCCCGGCCGUGCGUGUCCGUGACCAGAUGUAUCGGCCUCGACCUGAAACGACCAAACAGCAUCCCGAGAUCCCCACAUCGGGGUGGCAGCGAUGUGCAGAUUCCUUCGUCCCACUCAAGUACAUGUGCCUUCUUGUUUGCUUCUGGUGUGUGCGUUAUCCCCUGCGUGGCAUUUCCGCUGAAGAGGAGACCAGCAGCCAAGCAGCCUGUAGGUCGCCGGGUGAGCCUUCGUCUCAGGGGUAACGCGCAGCUGGAAGCCCCGGGGGCUCCCCGCCCAUAAAGACCGCGCCCCAGCUUCACGGGCCUGAGCCCGUGCCACGUGACUUCCCGCCACGCCAAUCACGCACCAAAGUCAUUUCACACAAAGACUCUUUAAACACUUUUUUCUGGAAGAGAUGAAUGUUGCAAUUCCGUUUCCUAGAGUGUUAUAGGGUGGGGAGGAUCACUUCUAAAAUUUAUUUUUUUAGCCUUAAAAUGACUUCUCCGUCUGAUCAUUAUUCCAAAGAGCAACGGAAGAGGGGGGCUCGCUGUCAGGCAGAGUGCACCGCCAGUUAAACCACAGCGGGGGUCUUACGCCGGUCAGGCGCUGUUGGUGUUCUGGUAUAAAUAUUUGCAUUUGUUGUUUGUCCAUUGUAUUGCGAAAUUCUCGUUUUGAUCUUCCUGAACAAAAUAUGCAUUGUCUACCUAAAGAAGCCUUUUUUAAAAAAAUGAUUGUAAAGUUAAAUUU